UAGACUUAAUACAUCUUUAUUGAAACCUAUAAAGAUGGAUGAUUAUGCUUUUCAAAUUUUGCAAAAAUAUGAUCGAGAAAAAAUAAUUUCACCAAUAGAUCUUGAUAUAUAUUGUAAUAGAAGUAUAACAGAUGACCAUGCAGAAAAUAUCCUAGAAAUGUUAACAAAAUUUUGUUUAACAAAAAAUUGUUCUUCAAUCUAUAAUUCAACUCAUGCAGCUGUUAUAAGAUUAUUCUUAUUACUUGGAAGAGAUAAAGAUAUUAUUAAUAUGCUGCGAGAAACUGUCAAAUAUAGAAUAUUUCCUGAUGUUUUCACUGCCAACAUUUUUAUGGACCAUUUUAUCAAAAAGGACGAUGGGAAAAGUGCUGCACAAAUGGCAUAUCAUCUUAUGCUCCAAGAAGAAAUAUACCCUGUGAUAUCUAGUUCGCAAUCACCUACACAAAAGCCAAUCUCGCAGACUGAAAGCUUGUCAUUUCCCCUUCUAGAAACCCAGAGUCACAUAACACCCUACCUCGCACUUUAUUCAUCUUUGCUGAAUUUUCAUCAAAAUUAUUCCUUGACGAAUGUCAACAAAGGUGAAUCUAUAGAUUCCAGUUUAAACGAUGAUAAAAUUUUGGAUAACAGAAAUGCCAAAGAUAAUUCUAGUAAAAAUUCCGAAGAUGAAGAAAUGGUCUACGUUAGGGUACCUUACCUAAAACGAUACCAUUUUGACGACCAUUUUGACAUACUUAAAUUCGAUUCCGAAAAGGCUGAUAGGCUCCUACUCGGUAAAACCCUGGCCUACCUUGGGGACUUUAGAGUCAACGACGAUUAUUUCAACAACAUUAUAGGGAGAAGUUCUCAAAUAUUGGGGUUGAGUUUGUGGAGAAAAUUCGACAAGGCAUUAGAUAUUCUGAACAAACAUCUAACGGAAGAUACCGAGACGGCUAUCACUAAGGACACCGUUGAUAAUUUUUUUUGCCAAUUCGAUAACUAUCGCCAAGAGAUAGCGGAGAUCCAAAAAAUGGAAGCGGAUAAUAACUCGAAGCAAGAAAUGCAUUUACCCGUAUUUAAUUUCGAUCAACCGCCUAAAAAGUUCGAAUUAUCUUACGAUCUGGACGCGAUCGAGAAAGAGUGUCAGGCAGUCGUUGAACAGUUAGAAAAGCAGAAAAAAAUAUCGAAUUUCCCCGUCGUUGAUCUGGCCAAGUCCCUGGUUGAGGACACGGUUAAACUUCACGAGAGUCGGGAUAUAGAAAUACAGAAAUCGUUCUUCAACAAAUGGAUAGAAGAAAGAGAAACAAAUUUGCAAAAUCAAAUAAAGGAACACUACAAAAAGCGUAAGCUGGCAGAAAUUAAGCGCGCUAAGGAGGAAUUGGAGGAAGAAGAAAAAUUGAUAACAUUUUUCGAUCGCGAGAAAGAAGUGGAAAUGCUCUUGGACAAAGCCGACAAAAUAAGGGACCUCAUAAAACGCAAAAAUCAACCGCCUCCCGGUCACGGCCACAAUUUUAUAUCGUCCUUUGAACCUAUGAAGGAUUGAUUGAAAAUUUUUUAUUUUAUGAUUUAAUGCUAAAUACCCCUAGAAAUAUUAUAAUGAAAAUAA